AUGCCUCAUACAAACAAGGAAAUUGAGGAACUGAUUGAAAAAGCGCUGGAAAAACUACAUACCCAAUCUCGGCCAAAUAUCUCAAAAGUUGCGCGUGAACUUGAUGUGCCUUAUCAACGGCUCCGUAGCCCCUAUCGGGGCAAAAAAUCACUAUUUGAACGUGAACCUAAUGGUCGGAAGCUUGAUCCUGCCCAAGAGAAAGCUUUAUGUGGCUGGAUAGACUAUAAUGAUAGUCUAGGAUUACCAGUUAAGCGCACACAAAUUGUGGCAGCUGCAACUUCAAUUUUGAAACUCGCAAACCCAUCCUCACCACCACUGAGUGAAAAAUGGCUCAAACGCUUCCUACAACGACAUCCUAAAUACAAUAUCCGACGUCGAAAAAGCCUUGAUAUUGAACUGCCAGAAUCCCCCUCAACCAAUUCAUCCAAUUCAACAAAUAUCAGCACACCCAAAACAAUUCAACGAUUUCAGAGGCUUGAGAGCAGGCUUUUGACGUUAAAAAAGGAUAUUUCUCAUUAUGAAAAUAUUGUCAAAAAGCUCUCCAAGGGGGCACAAUCAUGUGCAUAUCAGCUAGAGGAGACACACCGAGAGAUUGAGACAUCAAAAGCUGCAACUGCUGCACGCAAUGCACGUUAUGGUGUAUCAAGAACAGGUUUUCGAUCAAGAGGCAUUAUUUCUUCAGCGAAUGUGGCGAAAAUGAAGCGGGAUAAACAAAAGCUGACUGAUUUGGAGGCAAUUGAUAAACUGCGGCCCCAGUGGAAGAAGGUUAUGAUUGAACUAAAACGGCACUGUAGGCAGUCAGGACGCCGUUUGAAGCGCUGA